AAAAAAAAAAAAAAAAAAAAUUUACUGAUAAAUGUGCAUACAUCAAAUCAGUUGUAGGUGUAUGGCUGUGUGUUUACGUAUAUUGCAUCCAGAAAUCAGAUAAAAUUAAAGAAAAAAAAAAGUGUUUCGCUUUUUUUUUUUCUUUUUUUUUUUCCGUAAAAGAUAACUUCAAUCAGCAGAAGUGAUAAAAAAUAUUUUUGAAAAUUUUGUUAAAUAACAUAAAUGUCGAAACGAACUUGUCUGCGAUAUCCAAUACAACGAGAUAACCAUGACGAUGGUGACGAUGAUGAGAAGUCUACCCGCGCAAAUAUUAUUUAGAAAAGAAACGAUCAGACGCAACAACACCUCAAUUGCCAAUAAUAAUAAUAAUCACAAUAAUAAUAAUAACAAUAAUAAUAAUAAUAAUAAUAAUAAUAAUAAUAAUAACAACAACGAAGACGGCGACACUAAUAGUAAUAGCAUUGAAAAUAGUAAAAAUAAUUUUACCUGUCAGACAAAGCAGUCAAGGCGGCAGGAUGAGGUAGCACAAUCUCGAGGCAAAGCAGUAAACGCAGCGAUCAACAAUAGCAUCAGAAGUAACAAUUCGUUGGUAAUGAAAAGUUGUAGUAAUACCGGUUUUAUAUUUAGUUGUUUUGGUCAGAUAACCAUAUCGUUGCUGAAUACAACGACGUCAGUAACGACAAUAAUGACAACGACAACGACAACACACGCCUGUAUAGUUAUAAUGCUGCUAUGUACAACAUGUUCCUUAUGUACAGCCUCGCUAUGCGAUGCGCAGAGUUGGUGGGAUCCGACAAAGGACAAAUGCGUGCCGUGUAUAGUGUGUAAAGGUGACAUGAUACCGCUGAGACCGUGUCAAGUACAUCAAGACACUAUGUGCGGUUCCAUAUAUGAUCUUAAAAUCGACUGGGUUGUCCUGGCGAAAACCGAACCCAAUUGGAAAGAGCGCCGAAAGUUUGAUGACCUUGAUUACGGCUUCGACCACCAUCACUUGACAGCUGAACAACUGCAACAACUAGAGGAUGAAACGGUGUCUUUAGAUUGGCAAACAGCCGCUCUUUUUCUAGCCGUUUUAGCUUGUUUACUAUUCUUCAUUGUGGCCGCCUGUAUACUUGUGCAUCAUAUGCGACAAUGGCGACGCAUGGAACGUAGAUUAGAUCAAGAUGUUGAAGAACUUUCAACUAGACUCAUGGCCAAACUGGCUGAAGUCCAAAGCCUAGAGGGCGGAACAUUUUUUAUUGGCAACGCAGACGCUUUAGGUAUAACAACCACAGCCAUGACGGUGACGGCAGCAGCCACUACUUUUCAACAACCGCAACAUGUUAUGCUACCAGAAAAAUCGGAGAAACGUCAUGAUCGUCGUUUAUUUACAACCAUUAAAUCCGGCAACGUUUACAUCGAAGAGAACGGUUCGAAGUGUUAAUGAAUGCUCUUCUUCUUAUCGCCGCCAUCUACAGCAAUUUUUUAAAUUUUACUUUAAAAAUACGAAAAAUUAUAAAUCAUGCAUAAACACUCACAUUACUGAAAUUUACUUAAUAACAGUUUAAGAGAAAAUAAAUAAAAAAUAAAUACGAAAGUUAUGUUCGCUCUAUGUAGCGAAUUGUCGAUAUCCACCACCUCAGGGUAAAUUUACGUAAAACGCAAAUUUUCAUUAAUGUGUACGCGUACCGUUCACAAGUUAAAGUGUCAUCGAAAUGCAAAUGGGUUAUAGCUAUCAUAAAGUCAUUGGUGGUAAAGUGAAACCAGAGCGAGUAUAGAAAAGAAGGCAUAGGUAAAUGCAACGGAUGGAGGAUAAUAAUAGAAUAGAAAUAUUUCAACAGACGUAGUGUGGAUACAUUAUUAUUGACUUAAAUCGAUCGGGUCCAUUUUUCAAUCGUAUUUAUAUAGCACAUUAGUAAGCAUUCAAUUUUGCAUUAGGGCUUCCACUUGUCCAAAUUUAUUUUCAUAAACAAGAAGUCUCUCUCUCUCUCGCAGGUGGUUCCACAUAUUUUUCUUCUGCUCGUUGAGAUAACGUGUUGAGACAUUCAUAUCAGUUUCAACUAUAGGGGCGUGGCUUGAAGCGGUACUGAUCAUCGUGAAUAUAAGAGAUUCAUUUCCUUUGUUGAAAAAAAAAAAAAAAACUAAUUAAAGCAUUGACUGCAUGCAGUGAAUAUUUGCAAUGUUUGCGAUUAUCAUGUCAUGUUAAAUGUUUGUCAAUAUUGUGUAGUUCGAAUGUCAUGUAUAACUUUCGAUUUUGCUGGGUCUUUAAUAUAUUUACGGAAACUCCAAGUCAAAAGUGGGUCUCGUUUUGUAGCAUUAUCUCAACACCAUCCAGCGAGGGCAAGCAAUCUUCGUGGAGACUCUCGGCAUGUUCAGUUCUCCUUUUUAAUUUACGCAUUUUUGCAUGUAAUUAAUAAUUAUUGAUAUAAUUUUGACUGGCGUAUGGCGCACUUUGUGAAGAGAUCGUGAUUGAAAGCGAGAUCUGGUUCUUAUACAAACGUUGUUGGAAAAUUUGUUUAGCGAAAGUGAAAUGUGAUAAAAAAAUUGAAAUCAGUUUUUGCAAAUCAAACAUGUAGAAACUUUAUUAAAUGCCCUACAUCGUCGCACAAUUAUCCAAGUAACAAUUUUUUCAAAUAACGUGUUAUACGGUCCAAAAUAUGUCGAUAGAGCAAAUUUCAUCAGAAUACCUAAAUAAUUGCGAUCUGUAGCUUGAACACAGGAAUUUGAAAGGGACACACAACUUUCGAUUGAUUCAGAAUCACUUUCUGAAUUGAUCGGUGUAGUAAAAGGUGGAUUUGAUCUUAGGUCCUUCUGGAUGUUCUGGAUCACAAAUGGUGAUCGCAUAAUGCGAUGUU